GAGCAGUGGCCGAGCAGAGAAGCAGCUGCAGCAGUUCGCGGCCUGAGCAGGCAGGCCAACAGCAGGAGGGCCACCAUGGGCACCGUGCUGAGCUUCAGUCCGCGCGAGCAGCGGCGGCCGCCGUACUCGGAGUUCACGUUGAACAACUUCAGCUACGAGCAGCUGAACAACGUCAAGAACAACAAGCAGCUGGAUAACGCCAACAGCAACAACCAGGACAUCAUCUCUGAGAAGAACGCCCUGGAGAAGAACAACUUCAAGAAGCACUCAUUGUUCAUCAACGCGCUGAGUUGGAAGCGCUUCUCGACGGCCGCCUCCACCAAGAAGAAGCAGCAGCUGGACAACAAGAACAACCUGAAGGCGGCGGCCGCCUACAAGCCGCCGCUGCUCGUCGACAACAACAAGAACAUCCACAAGGCGAUCGCCUGCUACUACCCCAAGGACAACCUCAACGCGACCAACAACAAUGCCGAGAAACUCGUGUCCAAGCCGACGCUGCCGGCGCCGCCGUCGGCGCCCCCGGCCGUCGUCCUGGUGCCCGCCUCGGCCCAGCAGAGGCCGCAGUCGGUGCCCAUCGCGCCCGGCGCCCCCCGCAAGACGGUCAUCCAGGCGUCCACCUCGGAGCUGCUCAAGUGCUUGGGCCUCUAUUUGCACUGCAAGUGCCGCAAGCUCAAGGACUUCCAGGCGGGCGACGCCGUCAUGUGGUUAAGGACUGUUGACCGGAGCCUGCUUCUUCAGGGUUGGCAGGACGUGGCCUUCAUCAAUCCGGCCAACAUCGUGUUUGUGUACAUGCUGGUGCGCGACCUGGUGCAUGAGGACGUCGAGUCUGAGCAGGAGCUGCAGGCGGUGGUGCUGACCUGCCUGUACCUGUCGUACUCGUACAUGGGCAACGAGAUCUCGUACCCGCUCAAACCCUUCCUGGUGGAGGACAGCAAGGAACGCUUCUGGGAUCGGUGUCUGCACAUCGUGUCGCGACUUUCGCGCAGCAUGUUGCGCAUCAACGCCGAGCCAGGAUUCUUCACCGAGAUCUUCACCGAGCUGAAGGCGUGCGGCACGCGCCACCUGCAGCAGCAGCACCAACAGAUGCAGCACCAGUUUCAGCAGCUGCAGCUGGCCGCCGGCGUCGUCACCAACAAGGGUGGCAGCAAGUCGACGCCGAGCACGCCCAUGUCGCCGACGUGCGCGGCCGUUGCGCUGCCAUCGGCCUGACGCGCGCUCAGCCCAGCCUCUUCCGUCCCAACCGCCGCCGUCUGCCAGGUCCACCACCAACUGCAGAGAACGUCGAUCAGCCUGCUGCCAGGGGUGCACCAGUUGCGCAGGCAGUACAUCACCACCGUGUGACCCCACGACCUGCACCCGCUCAGGGUCACGGCCGUGUAGCUGCCGCAAAAGAAAGAAGUGGAAAGGGAUGAGGAGAGAGACCGGGCUGACCAGAGAAAGACUGCAGUUCGUUUUUUGUGCGCUGGUACCAACGUCCCGCGAAAGUGCGCGGGGCGUCCCAGUCGGAAAAUACUCUAGACAGACAAAACAGUCGUUGUUGUUGAAAGGAGCCGGGAUAGGACUGAUCUUUAGUGAGGGGUGCUGAAAGGGUGGUUUUUAUUCAUUCCAAAGUGAAAAGCAGAAGUUUAGUCGGGAGACGAUUCGCAGCUGAAAGGCCUGGUUUGAAUUUAAAAAAUUUGGCUUCUCAAGUAGUCUGGCAGAAAAAGGCGCUCGAGAAAGCUUUUCUGUGAUAUAAAUUAUUAUUUUUCUUAGUUUAAAGUACGAAGCAAGUUGAUGGAAUUGCUUUUAUCAUAUAAGAAGCGCUAUUAUUAUUACCAAGUUGAUUGAAGUGUCACUUUGAUGCCAUAAUUCAUGGUAGAUGGCUGUUAUUAAUUUGCGUGACAUAGAUUAGAUUUAUACAAGGAUUUCAUGCUAACAAUAAAAGCCACCUUACAACUUUCCCACCUAUAGCAGAAUUGAGCAGGAUUAUUCCAAGUCUGUUAGACACGCUUUUGAAAAAAUCUUGGAAACAGUUUUUAUAGUUUUGCUCUCAUUUGCAAAAAGAGUGCAGAUUUUAUUUUUAAAAUUUCUGAAAUUUUAAAAUAGAACUGAUAAUUUUACAAUUCUGCGUAGUACCUACAAAUUAAAUGACUCAAGGAGAUGAUAAAAAUUAAAAAUUUUUUUUUUUGCUUCAAAACUUUUUGCCAUAGAAAUUUUCUUUUCCCACAAGUAGAGGGUGUGCAUCUCUGUGGCUCUGUGCGCGAGAUGAGAGAGAACCGCACUGCGCAGGGAUUCUGCAAACGAGGCCCUUCAGUCUGCGAAUCGCGAUUUCGCAAAAAUCGAUAGCCAAGUGCCCACUUGCAUGUAAAAAAUAACGUGUCUCUCCGAUGCUGUAAAAAGUUAAUAAGGAGCCGUAUUCGCGCCCAGAGUUAUUGUUGCUUGGAACUCUAAUCAGUAUUGGUUGGAAGGCAGACGGCAGCAGAUUUUUAAUUGUUAUACCAUUUCGAGAGUGUGAAGUGUGAAAGAUUAAAAAAAAGACAGCGGGGAGCACAAGAAGAUGAAAGUGUCGCGCCUUCGGUGUCUCUUGUUCGUGUGCAUUUUAGGGCAUCUCUUGGUAGACGCAGACACAUUCACAGGCUCAGUCAGUACUUUUCAUCCAAUAAUAUGAUGUACAUAGCAUAGUAUACACUCGAAAAAAAAAUGAUACCGACCAUGAUCAUGAUAUUUUUCAUUUUCGUGCGAAAUUUACUAAUUAUAGCCUUGCAUUUUUGUAAACUUGGUUGAUUUCCUUUCCGCCGGCUGAGUUUUUCAUUUUAAAAAAGACGUACGGCUGCUCAAUUUUUGGAAUUUCCACUUUUUCAUUAUUUCAGUGAUAUUGAUUUUGUACAUUAACUAUGAUAUUUAUGUAAACACCGAUGCAUUCCCCACUACGAUAUUAUUAUUAUUAUAACUACAGCUUGUAUAAAAACCUGCAAUUAGCGUGUAAAUGGUUUAUUGGUCUGUAAAGUUAUGUCGUUUCUUUUGGAACGUUUUCUCUCCACUUGUCCUCGAGAUUCGUGGAUUAGGCAGCUCACACCAAAGAUUCUCAUUCGUGAUAUAUUGUUUCCUCUCUCUCUAUAUCUAUGGAAAAAAAUACGAUGAGUGAAUGGAAUUUUUGAAGAAAAAAAUUUAAUGGAAGUAAUUAAGAAAAUUUGCGCGUGUGCAUGAAAAAGCAAGAGCGUUUACUCGUCUAAAAAUUUUACUAAGUAAGAUGCAGGAAAGUGAUGCACUUUCAGCAGACACAGCACGUCCCACGGUUACAUUAAUUAUAAUUAAAUAAAUUCCAGAGGAUAGCGCGUAUUGUAGAGAUUUAUGCUGUUACAUAAAGGGUUCGUUGAGAAAAAAAAUUAAUUGCGGAUGAAAGAAAUUCACUUCGAGUUGAAAACUCAAUUUCAUGAUGUGUUUGUUGUUGGGGCGUGAGAGGGAAAAAUAAGGAGACGAGUGCGUGCAGUUCGCGAGCUAUAAAAAGUCCAGCCACACUGCUUUUACAGUCACACACUUUUAUUUCGGAGAACUAAGUAACUAGCCCCGGUUUCGGUUGAGGAUCGUGUUCCACGCAACGAUUUUCUGUGUAUUGAUUUGUUUGACAGUCGAUGAACUUGUGAUAGAAAGUCGUAAAAAGCUUGGCCACCGUAAAAACGAUGUUUGUUUCCCGUGCUGAAGAAAAUACUCAAAAUUUAUAUAGCAGUCCAAUUUCGAACACCAAUCGAGAGUUUGAGCGAGUGAUUUGAGAAUAUAAUUAAAAGAGCACCCUCUGCUCCGGCGGCUCACUCGCGAGGUGAGCCCGCCGCCUGCAGAGGACGACUUUUUAGAAAAAACGGAAUGAGAGAAAAAAAAAUAUGUUUUCGGUUAUUUGAAGAGAGUUUACGUGUGUAAAAAGAAGAAAUUAACGGUGUAAAAUUCGAAAUGAAAAAUUGUGGCACGGAAAGAGUUCGCUAGUAACAUGUAAAAAAUGUCGAUAAAAGUGAAAAGUUUCGAGACGACGAUCACCAAAAGUAAAGAGCGUGUACAAGGUACAAAUACUGUUUUGUAAAUUGCUGUUGGAAAAGCAAACUAUUAUAAAUAUAUUUUGGGCACACUCACACGACUAGCUUGUAUUGUAAAGAGUAUUUGAGCGAACGCAAAAAUAAAUAAUUCAUUUGUGAAAUUAAGAACAAUUGUAAUUUUCUCGGAGACCAAAUCGCUAUGAAGACGAGUGUGAAUAAUUGAGAUCGAUCUGCUUUUGCUUGUCGCUAUGUUUUCCGUUCUUCUUUUCCGGUUUUCUACCCUCCAUUGUGAACGAGAGUGUAUAUGUGCAAAGGUGCAAAUUAAUAAAGAAUACCCUUGAUAUU